AUGGCUCUUAACCCAUGUCCAGAACCUUAUCCUGCUUUUCUUGUUCGCUACGAUGAAAACCGCACGAAAGUACUUGCUCGUGACUCCAAGCAUCCAGUGCUCAAAGCGUGUCCUUGGACUCCGUACACGGAUUGUCUUGUCACUACUACUGCGAUGUCGCAUCCACCAUAUGACCUUCAUCGUUCUGUGGUUCAUACUCAUGAUGCACUCGAGGAUGUCGUCUCCUUGCUCUCUGACUGA